AUGCAGAUGGCUAGAUGGGAUCAGAUUUUCUCCCUACCUGUGCAAAAUCCAGCUUUGCCCGAGUUUUCUGCUACCGAUCUUGUUUGGUCGAAGGUCGAAGGUUACAGAGACAACAUAGAUAGGUUAGCACUCAUACCGUUUGCAAGGGUGGAUGAUUUCGUAAGAGGUGAAUCCUCCAAUAAAGAUUGCCCUACGAGUUUCCAUGUUGAAGCUAGACGACGCAAAGCCAAAGGCAAAAAAUAUAAGCCAAAGGUUGAUGGCAUCUUGGAGUAUAUCCUGUAUUGGUGUUCCUUUGGACCAGAUGAUAAUAGGAAAGGAGGAGCUGUAAGGCCAAGUAGGACAACAUAUGUUCCGAAAAAGAACAAUGCAGGCAGACCAAAUUCAAAGAGAGGAUGCAGGUGUCACUUCAUCGUGAAGCGCUUAAUCGCAGAGCCGACGGUGGCUUUAGUAAUCUAUAACAAUGACAAGCAUGAAGACGAAAAAGGGGUACCAUGCCAUGGUCCACAAGACAAAAAGGCGGCUGGAACAAGAGCCAUGUUUGCUCCAUAUAUAUCAGAAGAUCUUAGGUUAAGAGUACUAUCUCUGCUCUAUGUUGGUGUCUCUGUAGAGACCAUAAUGCAAAGGCAUAGUGAAUCAGUGGAGAAACAAGGCGGUCCAAGUAACCGAGAUGAUUUGUUAACACAUAGAUAUGUUCGAAGACUCGAGAGGAGUAUUCGACGGUCGACAUAUGAGCUCGAUGAGGAUGAUGAUGUCAGUAUCGGAAUGUGGGUUGAGAGUCAUCAAAGUCAUGUGUUUUUCUACGAGGGACUCUCUGAGACAGAACCUUUCUCAUUGGGUAUACAAACUGAGUGGCAGUUGCAACAGAUGAUUCGAUUUGGCAACUGUAGACUCUUAGCUUCAGGUUCGAAUUUUGGGACAAAGAAACUGAAGUUUCCUACCCAUAGUCUUGUUGUAUUCGACUCCGAGAACAAGGCUAUUCCAGUUGCUUGGAUAAUCGCACCGGGGUUUUCAAGUGGAGAUGCGUAUAGAUGGAUGAGAGCUCUUUGUAACCGAGUCCAUGCCAAGGAUCCCUCGUGGAAGGUGGCUGGAUUCAUUGUUGAUGAUCCUCUUGCUGACAUCAUAACUAUCAGGGAUGUAUUUCAGUGUCCGGUCUUGUUUUCGUUUUGGCGUGUUCGCCAUUCAUGGCAUAAGAACAUAAUGAAGAGGUGUCCAGAUACAGAGACGCGUGUCGAGAUAUCAAGACAUCUAGGGCAGGCUGUAGAUAAAAUCUGUACAAGGCAAGGAACAGCCACAUUGUUUGAAGGUUCUCUGGAGGAUUUCGCGGAUAGUUCAGAGUUUGUGGACUACUUCAGAGCCGUUUGGUCUCCAAGAAUAGGAGCUUGGACAAGUGCUUUACAAACUCUUCCGUUGGCAAGCCAAGAGACAUGUGCAGCGAUGGAGCUUUACCACUAUCAGCUUAAGUGCAGGCUCUUGAAUGAGAGAGACUCUGAAGCUUAUCAACGCGCUGAUUGGUUAGUCGAUAAGUUAGGGACAAAAGUACAUUCUUACUUCUGGCUUGAUGAAUACUCUGGAAAAGAUAGUUUCUCUAGGUACUGGAAAGAAGAAUGGGUGAGCGGUUUGACUUCUUUCCGAAAAGCGUUGAGUAUACCGAACUCUGAUGUUGUUAUCUCCGGUAUGUCGGCUAAAAUAACAGAUGAGUGUGACGGCAACAACGAGGAGGUUCAUCAUGUUGUGUGGAAUCCAUGUUCACAGUUUGGGAUUUGUAGUUGCAGCUGGGCAGAAAAGGGUUACUUAUGUAAGCACGUGAUCAAGCUUACACAAGUCUGUGGUGAGAACAAAUCUGCUAGGCUCUUACAGUAUUAUCAGACCUUGAUUGAUCUGCUUCAGUGCCCUCCUCGAGAUUCAUUGUUUCGUGAUUACGCUGUUUCUUUAGCUGUCUCUGUGGAGAAGCAGAUCAAUGCACUCGGUGUGCAGAAAGAAUUUGCUUCUAGUGGAAAACCUCUUAAGGUGUAUACUCGGAGAAGGAGAAAGUCGAGCAAAAAUGUUGAACAUGAAGCUGCUGUAGAGGAUGUUGCCUCUAGCUUGCAGAAUGAGACAGACAUAGCGAAGGAGAACCACGAAAGAGGUGCGAAAAGGCUGAGAAUCUGCUGCACCCUAGCCGAAAAACCUAGCCAGAUAGUUUCCAAUAUUUGACUGAGGAUUCUAGUGGUUUAGAGAAAGCAACAUCUGCUUGGUGGUCUCAUGGAAACUUGAUAUUAAUGGAGCAUCUACGUCAGAGGCUCCUACAAAGAAGGAACUUGAAAGAAAAUGUCGUGGUGACAAUGCUGUGUAUACCUACAAAGUGUGGUUGAGAUUAUCCAAAAGUACGUUUUGAGGUCUUAAAGCAACAAGAGCUUUUUCAAAAAAUCAGGUGUGUCAUGUACUCGGCUUGUUUCGAUGGAUUUUUUUGAGUUUGAUGAGUGGAUUAUGAAUGCCGUUAAUGAGAGUUUCUCUGUCAACUUUUCUAUGCCGGAGAUGGGAACUAUCGAAAUGUAUAUUGGAUUAUUAUGAUUUUUAAGGAGUAUUAACUGUUGUAUUUUGCUACUAAAUUCUCAUAAUUUUAUGCAGUAUUUGUAUAUAAAAAAAGGUGAAGUGUGUAUAUCAAAGAGUUGCAUAGAUAAGAAGUUACAAGUUCA